AAAAUCCCUCAUCCAUUAAAACCAGAGCUCAACCGCUUUGUAAAUUUCGGUUUCGUCGGUGCCUCGAUCUGCUCUAUUUGUCCGGCUCGAGAUCGGGCGAUCUCAGCCGUCCGAUCUCUCUCCUCUGCACGGAUCCGAUUUCCCUACCUCUCUCGUAAGGACACCUGCAAUGGUAAUGGACAAUCAAAGUUGGUAUUUGGAUUUAAACCAUGAACAGUGGGCAGCGCUACCGGUAGAUGGCCAGCGGCCUCCUGCUCGGUACAAGCAUGCUGCAACAGUAUUGGGAGAGAAGUUAUACGUUAUGGGUGGAAGCCGCAAUGGUAGAUACCUAUCUGAUAUACAGGUGUUCGAUCUGAAAAACUUGAUGUGGUCAAGUAUCAAACUGAACGUGGAAGCCAAUGAUGAUAAAAGUACAGAUGGUGCCAAACUUGGAGCUUUCCCAGCAACCUCGGGUCACAGCAUGAUUGUGUGGAAUGGAAAACUUCUUCUUCUUGCUGGCCUCACAAAGGAGAGUGGUGACACCGUCGCAGUGCGGUUCAUUGAUCUUGAAUCAUACACUUGCGGUGUUGUUGAGACCUUCGGAAAUAUUCCGGUAGCUCGGAGUGGGCAGUCUGUUACACAGUUUGGCUCUAAAAUAAUCAUGUUUGGUGGAGAAGAUCGCCAUAGACAUUUACUAAAUGAUGUUCAUGUUCUUGAUUUGGAGACAAAAACAUGGAGUGCUGUUGAGACCACACAGACACCUCCAUCCCCUAGAUUUGAUCAUGCAGCUGCUCUACAUGCAGAUCGCUAUCUUUUCAUAUUCGGUGGAUGCUCUCAUUCAGUCUUUUACAAUGACCUUCAUGUGCUGGACUUAGAAACAAUGGAAUGGUCCAAACCACAGUUGCAGGGUGAUGUGGUUGCUCCUAGGGCUGGUCAUGCUGGUGUUGCAGUUGAUGGAAAUUGGUAUAUAGUUGGUGGUGGAGAUAACAAAAGUGGUGCCCUAGAGACCAUUGUUAUAAAUAUGUCAAAGCUUGCUGUAUCUGUGGUUACUUCUGUGAAGGGAAGAGAUCCACUAGCUAGUGAGGGUAUCAGCAUUGCAUCUGCAUCACUUGGGAGUGAGAGCGUGUUGAUCACGUAUGGUGGCUAUAAUGGGAAGUAUCACAACGAGGUGUUUGCUCUGAGGGUCAAACCUAGGGAUUAUUUGCAACCUAAGAUUUUGCAAUCACCAGCAGCAGCAGCCGCCGCUGCUUCCGUUACUACUGCAUAUGCCUUGGCAAAACCUGAACUGUUGAAUUUCAGUGAAAAAGAAGAUUUGAAUUCUAAGAUAAUCCCAGUGGAUACCUCCCAGAAGGAUAUCUCAGCUGAAAUUAACUCACUCAAAGAAGAAAAGAAGGCUUUGGAAUUGUCACUUGCUGAGAUAACAGCUGACAACUCUGCUAUCAAGACAAAGAUUGAAGAGAUAAAUGGAAAUCAUGCUGAGUUGUCCAAGGAAUUACAGUCAGUGCAAGGACAGCUUGUUCAGGAGAGGUCAAGAUGUGCCAACCUAGAGGCACAAAUAGCAGAGCUACAGAAGGUGCUUGAAUCACUUCCAUCAUUAGAAGAGGAGGUUCAAGCACUUAGGAUGGAAAAAUCUGCACUUGAAAGUGAUAUGGAGCACGCAGAAGUCCAGAAGCAGCGAUCUGGUGGUAUUUGGAAGUGGGUUGCUGGAUAAGCUAGUUGCUCGGAACAGAUGAAGUUGCCAAGGGCAGUCGAGUCCACAAACGUGAUGAUUGUCCGACUGCAAUCACUAUGCUUGAUGGAGUGAAAUUUGAAGUACUUUUUCCCAUUGUAGAAUGUCUUCGCGUAGAAAACUAUAUAUGAAAUGAAAUGGAUUAUCUUCACCCCAUCCACGCAACGUUUGUUUCUCUUGAAAUACUUUGGAACAUCACAACCCUUGUCUUUUUGUAAUUUUGGUGACUUUUAAACAUUUAGAUUCAUUCAUUUUGUCUUUACCUUCAA